AUGGGCUCGGUAAAGGGCAAUCGUGGUCCUCCCCGACCGACGUCGAGCGCUUUCUCCACGAGAUGCCCAAGCUGCCAAGAGCUCGUGUCGGCCGACGCCACGCGCGAUCUGUGGCUGGUGCUCCGCCUCGACGCGGUGCUCGAGCGUCGCAUCACGCGAUGCCCAAGCUGCCAAGACCUCGUGUUAGCCGACGCCACGCGCGAUCUGUGGCUGGUGCUCCGCCUCGACGCGGUGCUCGACCGUAGCAUCCCGACCGCGGCGCGUGCCCUCGACACCUUUCCAGCCAUUGAGGCGCGCGGGUCCUCGUCCAGCGCGCAGUGGCCGCACUCUGCGACCACGACCUUUCGCUCGUCGGUUUGCGCGUUUGCGCCAGUGGGCCCACAAAAUCACAGCUUGCCCAGUUGCAACUUCCACGUUCGCGAGCUUGAAGGUCUCCUGCGCAUGUCCACCAACGUGUCUAUCGCCACGCUCCACGCCUCCGCCAACUUGCUGCCAACGGUGCUGGCGCCGCCCUUUCGCGUAUCGAAGCUCAAUCCGUACAACUUCUCGUCGUGCAGAGACGCAUUGCUGGCGCUUCUGCCGUGGCUGGCAUUGAUCUUGGACCUGGACGAGAGCGACGGGAUUCUGAGCAGCCUCAAUGUGAACAACGCGCCUCUGCGUCGUCUCACGGAGCUCAAUCUGUGCUCGGCCAUGCACCGCGUCGUGGAUGGCAUAGCUCAGUUGCUCGACCUCUCCAAGAUGAAGAUGCCGAGUCUCUCGGGCACCGACGACGAAGACAUCGAGUGUCCGUUGGCGAUGCUUGCGGCGAGCCUCGCAUCCUUGCACGCUCCGUCGCCCUGUGUUUUGAAUCUCGCGCGCAACUAUUUCAACGAAGACGACGUCCAACCGCUCAUCAAAGCGCUUGCCGCGAGCACCAAUCUCACGAGUCUCGCAUCGUCCAAGCGUGGAAGAAGCAAGCUCCUCGCGAUGGUCGCUGCGUGUGGUGUGCGCAUGACGGCAGACAACUUGGUGCUGCGCCUCGACAGCCCCGGCGUGCAAGGUUAA